AUGGCGCGCACCACCAAAUAUACCACGGCCGCUUCGCCGCAAAAGACACCGAUCAAGUAUGACUGUUUCCCCGCCCUUGUACCCCGCCAUCGUGUCGCUAACCACUGCAGAGUACCUCUCAACGACGACCGACAGGAAAAGGCAAUUCGCCGCCAUGCACAGCAGAAUGCGCAGCGUAACUCGAUGCGUGCCUCGACGGCGACGCCUGCGAGGAGGCGUAUCUCUAUGGCUGCCGGACAGCAUAGCCCCCAGACGCCUUCGCAGGACCCUGAUGGCAUGCCCGAUAUCACCGGCACUGCCGUUACGCCCGGGAAGCGCGUCAUGCCGCUGCUGGCUAACUUCGAGGAAUGGAUGAAGAUGGCGACGGAUAAUGUUUGCGCUCCCAAUUCUGUCUCCAGUAUGUCGCUCCUCAAGGAAGGUGAUACAGUCAACUUUCAGAAGGCGAGUUGUACCCUGGAUGGCUGCGUCAAGAUCUACACCAGCCGAGUCGACAGUGUCGCCACCGACACGGGCAAGUUGCUCAGUGGACUCGCCGAGAACGUAGGCAAGAAGCGCCGGGGCGACGCAGACGACGGAGAUGAUGGAGAGGACGGGGACGGCGAGGAUGGAGAAGAGGGAGAAGAUGGUCAGAAGAAGCGGAAGAAGAGGGCUACUCGGUCUGCCGAAGCCACACUUGCCUCUUCUUUUGCUCAGUUGCAGAACAAGAAGAUGGAGCUUGAAUUCUCGGUUGAUCCUCUUUUCAAGAAAGCGUCCGCUGAUUUCGACGAGGGUGGCGCCAAGGGUCUGCUACUUAACCAUCUGGCCAUUGACGCCAAGGGCAGGAUUGUUUUUGACAGCAGCGACGAUGCGAAUGAUGCAACUGCCCAAGAUACCCGCGCCACUCCAGCCCCUGAAGAGACAAACCAACAAGAUCAAGAAUUGGCUGAGAUACAUGCUUUUGACGACGUCGAUAUCCAUUUGUCCGACCUUGCUGCGAAAUACUUCCCCGAUCUGUCUCGCCUUGACAACCAGGACGUAUGCCCGUCAAUGAAGACAUUCGAUCUUGGCGAUGUGAACGGCUCCAUGGAUCUUCCAUUCCUCAAGGCCCCCGAAGAAACCAACAACGAUGAAGGUGAUAAGGAUGAGGAAGACGAGGCCGGAAACCGGUCAGGCCUCUUCCUCGAUGACGACAAUCCCAUGGGCUUUGAUGAUGAUGACGAUGCAAACAUGGGUGGAUUUGAUCUCCCUCCAGAGACCGGGUUUGGUGAAGGUGGUGAAAUCUGGGCUCGAGAGGCUAUCAGAGAUCCACAGGCUCGCGUUCACACAAUGGGUCUUGAGGGUGAAGAUGACGUUGUGGAAAGUGCGGAGAAUGGUAUUGGCGCUGACGCUCAGUAUGGUGUCUCAAUGGUACAUGGCCGGGACCAUGAACAAGAGAACAUUCUGAGCUACUUCGACAACGCUCUUAAGAAGAGCUGGGCUGGACCUGAGCAUUGGCGCAUAUCCCGCGUCAAACACGUCGAAAAAGCACCAGCAGCCAAGAGGAAGGAGAGAGAGCCUUUCGAGAUUGAUUUUGCAGCGCCCAUGUCGCAGUCCCUGGCGGAUAUGCUCUACACGCCUGCCACUUCAAACUCGACUAUAUCCCUACCAAAAGCACAAUGGAAAUCCAAAUCACGCAAUCUACUACCAGACGACAAGCACUUCAACUCACGACAGCUACUACGACUCUUCCUCAAGCCCAAAGCACGCAUGGGCUCUCGACGAGAAGGCCGACGCGCCCAAGCACCACCCAAAGAACCCACCCACGGCCACGUCGAUGAAGCAUACUGGGCCCAACAAGGCCAAGACGACGACCAAGGCGACGCUCCCCAAGGCCACUACGACGCCGACUUCUUCCAAGACGACGGCCUCGCGAUGCCUGGUGGCCCCAUCGACGAUGACGACGACUUUGCAGAUGCCCGCGACCACUUCUCCCCUGCACCCGAAACAGCAGAGGCAAUGCAACCCCUAGACGGCGUGCCCACAAGUUCCCAGCCUGACGCUUUCGGCGCACAACUAGUAACGCAAAGCCGGCGUUUCCGCCCCGAAUACGUACAAUACGCGCGAGUCGCAAAACGCGUAGACGUCAAACGACUCAAAGACGAACUCUGGCGUGGUAUCGGUUUUGAAGGCAUCUCAGCACCACCCCAAUCUAACACCGUAACCGACGACCCAGCAAUCAAAGCGGUAGAUGGCUCCCUCACUUUCACUCACGUCGUCAAUUCCCUCCAGGAAGUGUACCCCAAGAAAGCCCUCGCAGAUAUCUCGACGAGUUAUUGCUUCAUUUGUUUGCUGCAUCUCGCGAAUGAACAGGGGCUUGUUAUUGAGAAUGAGGAGGGGUAUGAGAAUUUGAGGAUUAGGAAGGAUUUUACGGCCGAUUUGGGUGUUGGAGGGGAUUGA